AUGUCGCGCUCUCCAUCUCCGCCAGCGAAAGCCUCAAUUGAUCGUCAGACCACGACUCCGUUCCUCCUCAAUUUCUGCUAUAAAUCGUCUGGCUUUCAUAAUCUGACCGACUUCCCACUACCGACGCCCUCGAACCCGCGCCCUGCCCUACCUCCACAUCUACAGAUAUAUACCUGGAUGAGCUGUACUUUACGAGAAUUGGCGCAGCUGUUGACACAAACGCUGCCUCAUAUCUUACCCGACCCGAGCAUUGGAACUCGGUUGAGCUUUAGACUAGUCUACCCCGAUGUUCAUGCGAGCCGAGGAGGUGGAGGCAGGCUGGAGAGCGACGGAAGGGGUCGAUAUCUGAGUAAGGAGAUAGGGAGCAUCGUCAUAUCGGCAUCCAAGGACUCGAAUGGCGACGGAGCGCCCAAUAUGGAUGGCGAUGAACUCGACAAGACGCUCGAAGACGCCCGUUUUGUGAUUGGGGACUUUAUCGACUGUGCAGUCUUUCCUCCACUCAGCGACGGCUCGGUCGUGAGCCGUAACAGUGUCAGCAGCAGAGGGGGCACGAGAGAAAAUGGUUAUGGUCGUGUACGAGGAGGUGGAUAUGGGAUAGGAAGCAGAGCCAACUACAACGGCCAUGGGCCUAGAAGCGACUUUGGUGGCCCUGGAACCAUGCCUAGUGGCGAGUGGAGACGAGGCGAGCGACUCCCAGACUCUGGUGGUUUCCGCGGAGGGAGAGGGGGCAGAAGAGGAUACUGA